AUGCAAAACAUAAACGCGUUUCCCCCGUACAGUUUCCAUCAGAGAAUACUCCCGCCCUUUCCUCCUGGGUAAACUCCCAAUCAACUUCACUAGCUCAUUUGAUACAUCCCCCACUAAGUCUAGCUAUCAAAAUACCGAGCUAUUGAAGAACAUUCAAUCCCUUAUUUUAAACCCAUAUCACACCCGCGAGGGUUAUAACGACUUUAUUCGAGAUACUCUCACUCAUUUUAACCUAGUAGGCCAUUUGUUUAAUAUAUGUCUCAUCAACGCUAGGUCGAUCUGCAAUAAAAAGACGGAUUUGGCCAUGUUUGUAUCCCUAUAUCAACCAUCACUUAUUAUGAUAUCUGAAGCAUGGACUAACAGCAAUAUUUCCGAUCUAAGUAUGUCUCUUGACAACUAUUUCCUAUACAGAAGUGAUAGAUUGAAGGGACGAGGCGGAGGAUGCCUGAUUUACGCUCACUCUAGCCUAAACUCACUACUAUGCGAUAUGCCUGAACUAAACAAACUGAAGGAUUCGGUGUGGAUUGUAUUAAAGCGGUCGAAUUCCGUUACCUUACUGUUCGGCUGUGUUUACCGUCAACCUAACGCAUCAAUAGAUGACAUAGCAAUAGUAUCGGAGGUGUUCACACUAGCAUCAUCUCUUCCAUUCACAGGCAAGCUUAUUAGUGGUGACUUCAACAUGCCCGAAAUUUCCUGGUUCCCAGUCAAGGCGCCGAAGCGUUAUGAAUCAUUUAUAGAAUGUCUAGAGCUCGGACAAUGGACUCAGUAUGUCAAUAGCCCUACCAGACAUCAAAAUAUCUUGGACUUAGUCUUUACCAGUGGCCUCACCCCCAAUACUGUGUAUAAUGGAAAAACGUUUCCAGGUAGUGAUCAUAACAUUGUCAUAGGCAGCCUUAAUAUAAAAACCACAACCGGUAGACGUAAAACCGCAACACUUCGUAGAAACUAUCGCAAGGUUGAUUGGAAUAACUUCCACAAUCACCUAAGAAGCACUGACUGGGGAACUUUCUUUACUGCAAACAAUGCCGACACACUAACCAAUACAUUUUAUCUCAACAUCAGAAGUAUCAUCAACAAAAUCGCACCUUUAGAAUACUAUCGACCUACGGUCUCCAAAGAUCUUUAUAUACCGGUCGGUACACGAAAACGUCUACAAAGACAUUGUAUUCGAUUCCACAACUUUAAUGACUUUUCCUCUUUGGUGACGAUGACUGAAAUAGUUAUCCGAACAGAGGCAAUAAGUACACAAAAAGCAGUCGCACAGGAAAAACGUGCAGUCGAACUUAACAAUAACUCUUCUUCACUCACCCUACUCCUUCAAAAUAAACUUAAACGUUCCAAAUCGAGAGGGAACAUAUUCAUUAAAGACAAACAAGUAUACGAAGACCCUAAACUUGUUGCGGAACUAUUUAGUGAACACUUUUGUUGCUCACUAACUAACGAAAAACCACUAAACGAUUCAGAACCAAUCCCAGUACCUCCUUUUGAAAUUACUAAUGUAAAUUUUAAUGUACAAAAUAUCUCUAAGGCAAUUAGUACAUUGAAACACUCAUACACUGAUGGACCAGAUGGCAUUCCAGCUAGCAUGCUAAAACGUGGAGGUGAUGAUAUGUGUGUUUUGCUUCUCAAACUAUUUGCGAUAUCACUCUCUACAGCGUGCUACCCUACUGCCAUGAAAACUACACAUAUCAUUCCGAAAAUUAAAACUGGACCUGAAGCAAAUGUUGACAAUUACCGACCCAUAAACAUAACUUCAGGGGUAUCUAGAGUGAUGGAAAAAGUAGUUAAGGCGGCUGUAGUCCAACAUCUACUUACUAAUAAUCUCAUCUCGAUCUCCCAGCAUGGAUUUCUUAGGUCAAGAUCAUGCGAUACAUGCCUAGUAGACUACCUGAAUGAUAUAACUCUGAAAAAAGACAACGGACUCCUUGUAUCAGUCAUAUUCUUAGACUUUAAGAAAGCCUUUGAUAAGGUCCCACAUAAAAAACUGCUCGUCAAAUUAAAGUCCUUCGGAAUAAACGACCCACUGUACUCGUGGUUUGCUUCGUUCUUAGCAGUACGUAAACAGAUGGUAAAGUACAAUGACUGUCUCUCAUCACCUAAACCAAUAACUAGUGGAGUCAUCCAGGAAAGCGUUUUAGGCUCACUCUUGUUUCUUAUGUAUAUAAACGAUACAUGUAACACCAUAACAUUUGAGAAACCAUACUUGCAUGCUGAUGAUCUCAAAAUAGUAUACAGUUAUAAGCCUGAGACUCUAAACGAAAGUGUACCCCUGAUCUAAAACGACCUCAAUAACUUAACUAUCUUGAGUGAAAAAUGGAAAUUACCAUUCUACCUCAACAAAAGCGAGAUCAUGCAGUUUGGAAAGCAUCCCCAUAAACUGCAACUUCAUUUAAAUAAAAGUGGAGUCCAGACACUGAAAUCAGCGCACGAUCUAGGUAUUAAUUACACAAAACGUCUGAACUUUGAAGAACAUACCUCAUCUAUUAUAUCUAAAUGUAGACGGAAAAUUAGUUUCAUAAUGAGAAAUUUCUUCACAACAGAGGCUAAGCUUACUCUCUACAAAAUAUGUAUACGACCUUCCCUGGAAUACUGCUCUUUAUCUUCUCUAAAAUGAAUACCACAGACAAGAUAAGAGUAGAAGACGUUCAAAAACGCUUCACACGCCAACUGCUAGGAAGUAACUCGAGUGCCCAUUGCACAGAUAGAUGUAAGCACCUCUCUUUAGAACUUUUAUGCCACCGUAGGCUAAAGAAUAAUUUAAAAUUUCUCUACAAAGCGAUAUACGGACUCUCAUUUCUAACCUCGCGCCCAACUAUGAUUCACUACCCAGCCUAUAGACUAAGAAACAACGCAUAUACACUACACACCGUAAAACACCGAAAACAAGUGCGUUGUAAGUUUUUUACAGUGCGAUAUAGUUUAUUGUGGAACAGGUUGCCAUUGCCUAUCCGUAACUGUGAUACAUUCACCAGAUUCAAAAGGCUAAUAACCCUGUUUCUAGACUCUAAACAGCUUCAAUCUUUCCUUGAACUCCCGCCCACCAAUGAAGCACUUCAUUAUCGACCGCCUAAUUUCUAAACUGAACAAGAAUAUAACGAACCCGACUAUUACUAAUAUGAAUACAACUAAAUUACAGGACAUAUUGUUUGCCGUUUCCUAUUAUUCAUUGUGCAUUAAUCCAGGCCUAAUGCUCCUAACCCUCACUUUCAGUUCCCAAAUCCCCCUACUGGUUAAAUAUACAUUUUUCUUCCUAAGUGUCAUGUCUUUUUUUUCUAUUGCAAGUAGACAGAUAACUCAGUAAUCUUAUGGAUGCUGAUCUGCUAAGGCCGAUCAUACGAAGCUCAAAAUUGAUCAGAAAAUCUUGUGAGUUGCUCUGUGUUUUAUUUUUCUUACCCUAAAAAUUCUACAAUUCUAUACUCUUUCAUAUCAUUUGAUUUGCUACUAGUCCUACUAUCUUUAAACCACAUAUAAUCUAACCUGUUUUUUUCUAUAUUUCACCAUUAGUUAUCUUCAUAGCAGUGUGAUAUACUAAAUGGACAUCUAACCCAUAAUACGAACGCUUUAACUACAUGAUUUGCUUGUAACAUGGAACUAGUAGGGACAGUGUAUUCCAACCAUGUGCUUUGAUUAAAGCAAUAUGCAUACUUACCGCAAACGUAAGAGAGCCUAACAUCACAAGAGGGAGGGUGGCGUUACUGACCAGCAAACAUGAUGGCGGGGAAAUAACUUCAAUCCACCCAUGUCUGUAGGGCAGAACAUUUUGUUAAGUCACGGCUCCUUAUGGUCUAGUGGAAUGUCACGAACUAGUGGUACUGAUGCUGAUUUAUCGUGCAAAAUACCUCAUUAAACCGUGUUAAGAAUGUUGAACUGGUUUAACUUCCUACCCAGUAAUCCUAUUACAAGCAAACUAGACAAUUCGAUAAAAAAAACGAAGCCUACUCAAGACCCUAUAAAAUCUAACAAAGGCUCCAAUAGCGUCGACAAAAAAAAGGGAGACAGCCAUUUGUGUAUCGUAACACUGCUUUUAGCACUAUAUUUUACAACUACAUAUUCUCAUACUCUCAGUUUCUUUCUGAACCACCUCCAUUUGUCAGUUGAUUAUUCACUCAUACCUUGUCUACAGUUAUUUCUUUUAACCUAUUAGGAUGUUCCUGCUUACUAAAUACUUUAAUGAAAGAGAAUCAGACUGAGUAGUCAUACCUCAACCACUUCUUCAUGAACAUUGUCUUCUCUGCUUCUCGUCCUUUUUUUUGUUUACUUGCACCAUUUUUCAGCCCCCUUGAGAUACGGAACGGGUGACGCCGUCCUGCAUCAUCCUUAAAAACUAAAAUAUUCCAAAGGGAUAUAAGAUUGCGAUUUCUAGAAGUCCUCAACUGCACAUGAAUCUAUUAUCGACCGUCAGUUGCACGUCGCAACGCAACUCUCAUGAAGCGCGCUAACUGUGAUACUGACUAAAACCAUACUACAUUCAUAUCUUAUAAAUUAUAGACCCAGCUGAUUAAUUUACUACAGUUGUAAAUUGUAUCAUUUGUAACAAUUUGAUCUUGCCUGUAAACUGGCAUGCCUCAUGUAACAAAAUGUUAUUUGAGAAUAAAAUAUUAUUAUUAUUC